AUGCCUUGUAUUAAUAAGUUAUACCAAAUAGCGACAUUUAAUACCAGCGUAAGCAGUUGCUUAAAUCAGAGACUACACACGAACUCAGCUAGAACUUUAUCCAGAAAUUUCUUUUUUUUUCCGGAUCAACCAAACUUCGAAGAAAUAUCAACAUUCAGAGAAAUUUUGUUUAUGAUAUUCAUGUGUAUGUCUCAGCUAAUAACCCAGGCGGCGGUGGCACAAACCAUGAACACUUCUAUCCAAAUAAGUGAAACAUUUAACGUUGGCGAUCAACCUGGUGAAAUUUCUUGGUUUUCUGCAGCAUUUUCCAUGACUGUUGGUACUUUUAUUUUAAUUUCAGGAAGAAUAGGUGAUAUGUAUGGAUAUAAGAAGUUAUUCAUAAUUGGGUAUGUGUGGUUUGGAGUAUUUUCAUUGAUGUGUGGAUUUGCAGGGUUAACUACAUCUACUGUAUUUUUCGAUAUUAUGAGAGCAUUUCAAGGUAUUGGACCGGCCAUAAUGAUGCCCAAUACACAAGCAUUAAUUGGAUCAUUCUACCCUGAGUCGAAAAAGAAAAAUAUAUGUAUGGCCUGUUUUGGCGCAGUUGCUCCACUGGGAUUCAUUCUUGGUGCACUUUUCAGUGGGCUUUUCACCGUCAAAGUUUGGUGGGCUUGGUCAUUCUGGGUAUGUGGGAUAAUAGGUAUUGCCCUUGCAGUUGCUGCUUUUUGGGUUAUCCCCAAGAGAAUAGGCGUCAAGUCUCAAGGUUCAUUUGAUUACUUGGGCUCAAUUUUCGGUGUAAGUGGGUUAAUAUUUAUUAAUUUUUCCUUUAACCAAGGUCCAAAUGUUGGAUGGGAGAAACCUUAUGUUUAUGUACUUUUGAUUGUGGGGUUCUUGUGCAUAGGUGUAUUUUACUUUGUUGAAACCAAAGUAAAGGAUCCUUUAGUUCCUCCAUCAGUUUUGAAAGGAGAUACUGGGUUUAUAUUAGGAUGUAUUGCUGCUGGUUGGUCAUGUUUUGGGAUUUGGCUAUUCUAUAUGUUCAGAUGGGCUCUACUAGUUGACGAAUCUGGCCCCAUUAUGGCAGCCGUACUUAAUAUAACAACUGGUCCAAUGGGAUUCAUAGCUGCUAUUGGAACUGCUAUUUUAUUAACUAAAAUUCCUUCAGCGGUGGUUAUGUUUUUAGCCAUGAUAGCGUUCCUUGUCGGGAGUGUUCUCAUGGGAACUAGACCAGUGGGACAAAUAUACUGGGCGCAAAAAUUUGUUAGUUUGAUCAUUCAACCAUUGGGAAUGGAUAUGUCGUUUCCUGCUGCUUGUAUAUUGUUAAGUUCGGCCUUGCCUAGACGACAACAAGGAAUUGCUGGCUCUUUAGUGUCUACCUUUGUCAACUAUUCUAUUUCCAUAGGGUUGGGAUUUGCAGGUACAGUAGAACGUUAUACUACGUUACAUAUGGAGCCAGGACUUCCCACCACUAUUCAUGGCAUGAGAAAUGCAUUCUAUAUGGGUAUGGGGUUGGCUGGAUUGGGUGUUGUUCUUUCUACCGUAUUUAUAUUUAUUCAAUUGAGAAAUAGGUCUAGAAAUACGAUUGUUGAAGAGGAGUCAAUUAAAAGUGAAUCCGGUGGUGAUUCUGAAGUUCAACCGUUCCAUUAA